AUGACCACCGAUGGGCUCUGGCUGGGACCUUCCUCUGCUGCCCUCUGGGCUUGGUCUAACGUCUCUGUUCAGCUGCAGAACAAUCCAUCCUUGCUGGAAAACGUCUUGACUCUCUGUCUGAUUACAGUGGCAACCUGUGUGUUUCUCUUCAUUAAUGGGACCAUGCUGUUCACAUUGAGGAGUAAAGCGGUGUUUCGUGACACCUGUCGCUACAUUCUUCUCUAUAACCUCCUGUUUGCAGACACUGUUCAGCUGCUACAGAGUCAGGUUGUCUUCCUGCUGGCUUUUAGUAAAAUACGACUGACUUACCCUGUAUGCGGUAGCCUUGUUACCUUGGCCAGUCUCACCACUGUGAUCUCUCCUCUCACUCUGGUUGUGAUGUCUUUAGAAAGAUAUGUAGCGGUGUGUUAUCCUCUGAGGCAUGCUUCCAUUAUCACCAUCAGAAACACAGCUGUUGCUGUCGUUGCAGUCUGGGUCUUUAGUUUGGUAGAUAGUUUGAUUCGUGUUCUUUUGCUUUUAGAAUUUCCUUUUAAAGACCUAGACAGUCUGCAGAUAAAAGAUUUAUGCUCUAAUGUUGCUAUGUUGCUUAGCUCUGCAUCUGAUCAUUAUGAUAAAAGCUUCACCUGCUUUCUGUUUGUUGCAGCUGGUAUAACAAUCAUUUACUCCUUUGCUAGUGUCAUAAAUGCAGCCAGGUCGGCCUCCACAGACAAAACGUUGGUCCAUAAAGCUCGAAACACUCUGCUGUUGCAUCUCUUGCAACUUGGUCUCAGUCUGUCCUCAACUAUUUUCAACCCAGUGCUUGUUGCUAUUUCCAGAACUGUGGAGAGGAUGGUAUUUAUACGUACACAUAAAAUUCUUUAUCUGUUAUUUAUCCUCUUCCCCAGAAGUUUGAGUUCUCUCAUCUAUGGACUAAGAGAUCAGACCAUCAGACCUGUUCUCGUGAGCCAUUUGUGUUGUCGACAGAAAGCUGUCAGUAGCUUUGUAACCUUCACAAGACCUUCAUAA